AUGAGUAAAGGAGGCCAAACAGCAGAAGAGGAUGUAGAAGUUAGGGAGGAAGUGGAAGAAGUAGAAGAAGAUAGAGAUUGUGAUGGUGAAGAAGGUAAAUCUCUUAUAGUUGGUGGUGGUAAUAUAGUCAAUGUCUUUACAUUUGGGAAAUGA